CUUCCGCUAUCAUUGAGAACAGAGAGCAAUCGGUUCCUGAUAAAAAAUACAAACAAUGGGCAAGAAGCACAAAAAACACAAGUCCGAAAAACAUGGAUAUGAAGAGUACGGAGAGAGACCAUUGAAACUUGUGCUGAAGGUGUCUGGAAACGAAGUGACGACAGGAAGUUCAAGCCGGGACACUUUUUACGAUGAACAGCCAGCGGACUUAAACAAACCAAAGGACAAGAAGAAGAAGAAGAAGAAGGAUAAAGACAGGAGUUUUGUUUCUCCUGAGGAUGACAGAGUUAAGAAAAAGAUGACAAAGAAGAAGAAAGGUCAAGACCCAGCUGGAGAUGAAGACCGGGAACGGAGCAGAACUCCCAUUCGGUCAGAGCUGGACAAACUGGAAGAAAAAGAGCAGACACCUCUGCAGGAAGCUUUGAACCAACUCAUCAGGCAGCUCCAAAGGAAAGACCCCAGUGCAUUCUUCUCGUUCCCGGUCACAGACCUCAUCGCUCCUGGCUACUCUGCCGUAAUCAAGCGGCCCAUGGAUUUCAGCACCAUGAAGGACAAAGUAAAGAAAGAGUGCUACCAGUCGUUGGAUGAACUUAAGGUGGAUUUCAGGAUUAUGUGUGAAAACGCCAUGAUUUACAACAAACCUGAGACCAUUUACCACAAAGCAGCUCGGAAACUGUUACACUCAGGGAUGAAGAUCUUGAGCCAGGAGAGGCUGGAGAGCCUGAAGCAGAGCAUAGAAUUCAUGUCUGGCCUAGAUCCCUCUGGCAAACAGCUGGGGCAGUCCAAGGACCAGGGAGGCACCGGCCUGGACCAGAAUGGAGAGAGACCCAGCACUGCCACAGACAGCAGUGAGAGCUCUCAUACACCCAGCACACCCAGACACGACAAGGACUCCAAGGACGAAGCAGCAAAGGCAGAGAAAGAGCUUGAGGAAAUUCGCAAGGUCAUCGAAGAAUCUGGAGGAAAGCUGUCCAACAGGAUGCUGCAGAGUGAUUUGGAUUUCGCACGACGGAAGUCUGAUGGCUCCACCACUCUUGCAAUCCUCAACCCAGCAGAUCCAUCAGUUGGAGAUGUUGGUUACUGUCCUGUAAAACUGGGCAUGAUGUCCAAUCGGCUGCAGAGCGGCAUGAACUCCCUGCAGGGCUUCAGGGAGGACAAGAGGAACAGAAUCACUCCAGUGUCCUACGUCAACUACGGCCCGUUCACCUCCUAUGCCCCCACCUAUGACUCCAGCUUUGCCAACGUCAGCAAAGAGGACUCUGAUCUGAUCUACUCAUCCUAUGGCGAGGAGGCCAGCAUGCAGGGCUCAGACAGCUUGUCAGAGUUUUUGGCCAAAUCAGACGAGUAUGUUUACAAACUGGCAGACAAUAUCCUGGAUGCGGUGACAAAUGGGGAGCAUUCAAAAACCCUCAAGGAGACAGAGCAACAGGUGGAGGAGGAAACCAAUACACAAGUGGGGAAGGAUGACAUGGAGGUAGCUGAACCUGAUGGAACCAAAAGCAACAGGCCCAACUUCCUACGCUCUGCUGCAGGCCUGCAAGAAGCUGCCGAACUCUCUGCGGAGGCUCUGCACUUCCAAGAGAAACUGGACGAGACUACAAAGCUCCUGCGAGACCUGCAGGAAGCUCAGAAAGAGCGUCUGAGCACCAAGCAGCCGCCAAACAUGAUCUGCCUGCUUGCCCCGACUGCGAAGGAGCUCGAGCUGGCUGAGAAGGUGACAGGGAACCUGGCUGAGUUAACAGGUCAGGUGGCCCCGUGUGAUGUCAGCACCGUGUACGGCAUCAGGAGGGCCAUGGGCGUUGCUUUACCUCCGGGACUGCCUGAGACAUUCAUUGACCUCACUACAGUGCGGGAGACGGCUGAACCAAUGGAGACCAUGUCUAGUUGUCAGGAUACAGCUCCAAUCAUCACUGUAUGAUUUGAUUCCAACAACAUUCACAGUUUAGUAACUUAAUUUUUGUAGAAAGUGUGUUUUUUGUGUCAUUUUUAUGCAUUUCAUUCAAUAAACUUCUUUUUAUAUAAA